CCACAAAAUCAAACGGUUUGCAAUUCCGUGAAGAAACGAUGGAGAUAUGACCAGAAUCCGGCAGGCUGUCCAAUUGUGACGGGAAUGACAAAGUUGGUGAAUUUCGACGUUGUUUUCACUCCCGUUCUUUUGCAAGGGACUUUCACGGCUGUUGGACAUGAUGACAUUCUCACUCGUUCACUCGGUACUUCUGAGCAUCCUGGCAGGACUAGAGGUGUCGGGUCACUCGUCGGGCUACGAAAUGUUUUUAAGGGGAAAAAGAAUUCUAAAAAGUCUGAUGGAUUGUUCAUGGCGCAAGACAACUUGGAGCAGUUCAGGAACUCUGUCCUUAAUGACGCGUUCACCAUGUACACACAACGACUUCCCCAGCUUUUUCAGUCUCUUGGAGUUCAAGUGUCAGGAAGCAUUGAGAACAUUGCCAACAUUUCGCAACAAUUGCCCAUGUCUACACCACAAUUUCAGCAGAGCAGCAAGGCUUCAGUAGAUCUUGACCCAUUUGCAGACCUUACUGAGAUGAGUCGUUGCCACAUGAGUAUUACUGAUCCUAUUGAUGCCAUAGUGGCACGUGGAUCAGUAUUCCCGUGUUCUCCAGGAGUGUCCCUUCACAAUGCUCCCCUCCCAUACAACCAUGUCAAAGUAUCUAUGGAUGUGGUGCUUGAUGGUAUGGGGGACUAUCCUAUACCGACUCCGACGGAUGAGCACACCACUGUUUCUUCGACUUUGGGGAGCAUGUGUGCCUGGCCAAAAGCCUUGGUUCACCUUGGAGAUCCUCCAUUAGGGUCUCCUGUCCUACCUACCUUGAGGGGCAUGGGAUCUUCUACCAAAGGAUUCUCCCGUGUAUCAGCGUACUCGGAGGAUUCUCCCCACCUUAGUCAUCAUUCCUCGCAGCAACUCAACUCUCAUCAUUCAUUUAGUCAACAUUCCUCACAGCAGCCUCAUACUCAUACUGAGCCUCCCUUCCAGCGUGUCGUUGAACCCGGGCUCUAUGCGACUUUAGGUCCAAGGUGUAGGGAUUUGUGCCACUGGUUGACACGAAUGGAGGACCUCACAAACAUUGAGAUCUUGAUAGAACCUUGGGCAUUAGGCUAUGCAGAGGAGAGGGUGUUCAACAUUAAUCCUGAAAACAUCAAGGAGUUCCUGCGAUGGGAGAUGAUCGAUAAUAGCAUCGUCGAGAUCUUUAUGAGACACUUGUAUGGCUACAUUAGGACCCACGACAUUCGGAAUGUCGGGUUAGUGUGUCCGGACGACCUCCAGCAUAUGGUAAAAAAUGGAAACCGUAAGCCAGUGGAAAGGAUGUUGCUAGAUCAUAAAGAAAAAUCUUGGGUUCUUCUUCCAUUCUUCUGUGAGAGAACGCAUCAUUAUACAUUGAUAGUAAUACGUUAUUAUGAAAAUAAAGUGUAUUACUUCAACUCGGCAUUGGGGAUGGGGACUUCCAAGAAUCUUACACUGAAGAGUUACGUAAACGAAUCUUGGAGGAUCCUUCGAGUACAGGGGAUGGGUUUUCUUAAAAUGAAACCCAUGUGGACUGAUGUCGGUAUCGUACCACAACAACCCGGUGUAACAGAGUGUGGGUAUUAUAUCAUGAGGUUUAUGUGGCUAAUCAUCAGUCUUUGUGCCCGUGAAUCCGUUCCAAUAGAAACGGUGUUCAACUCUUUUGAUCCAUAUACGAUUGAACAACUUGAUGAGUUACGAAAGAUGUGGGCAAACACCUUUCUAGAUGUAACGCCCCAAAACAUACUCUAAAAUUUUUAAUGAAAAAAUAUUCAAUUAGUCAAAUUUGUUUCGAUUAAAAUAAAUAGUUAUUGGGCUUUGGGCCGAAGUGAAAUGUGUUUUGACAUCCAAUAUCACAAAUCAGGAUAAGUCUCAUAGAGAUAAAUCCAAUAUGUUGAGUAUUUGUGUGGUCUUGAUUGGGAACAUAAGUACAGACCCAAAUCAAGAAUAAAUAAAAAAAUUAUUUAUAAAUGAACUUUAAAAUGAUUU